GCUGCAGCUUGUUGCACGCCGGCCGCAUAUGGAGAGGAAAAGCCUUCAAUCCAGAGAGGGCACCAACCAAAGAGCAGGCAAAAGUGGCUGCUGUUAUGACAGUUUCCCAGAGGAAAAGAAAGAGGGGGAGAGAAACCACAACACUGCAACUUGGAUAUCAGUAACCGCUCUCUCUCUUUAACUCUCUCACCCACCAAAUCGACUUUGAACCUGUUUGUUUAAAAUGCACGGACUUUACAGCCUGCACACUUACUGUUGAUUCUGUAAGGCGGUGCGAGCGAAGUUUCUCAAUACAGGGUCGAUGUUCUGGAAAAGCUAGAAACUUUUUGGUAUCCAAAUGGUGCCCCGUGCAGCCGAGGUGCUGAGCUUCUUUUAUCCGAGUUUUUCGGACGUGGAUUUGCAACUGUCACGGACGAUGGAGUCGGUAGCCAAACCGCGGAGGUACUGAAGACAUCUCUCUCCCCCGGGAGAGUCCUCCCUCCCCCCGGGGCGAUGCGGAUCUCCUUCCUCCUUCUCACCGCCUCUCUGUGUGCCUUGGUCCUCCUCCUCCUCGCACCUGCCUCGGAGGGCUGCGGGCCGGGGAGGGGGUACGGCAAAAGGCGGCUCCCGAAAAAGCUCAUCCCGCUUGCCUACAAGCAGUUCAGCCCAAACGUCGCCGAGAAGACCCUAGGAGCCAGCGGGCGUCCCGAGGGCAAGAUAACACGCAACUCCGAGCGCUUUAAAGAGCUAACGCCAAACUACAAUACAGACAUAAUCUUUAAAGAUGAGGAGGACACGGGCGCCGACAGGCUAAUGACCCAGCGGUGUAAAGACAAGCUAAAUUCUCUGGCCAUCUCUGUGAUGAACAUGUGGCCAGGUGUGAAGUUGAGAGUGACGGAGGGCUGGGAUGAGGAUGGUCAUCAUUCAGAGGACUCACUGCAUUAUGAGGGGCGUGCUGUCGACAUUACCACAUCAGACAGGGACAGGAAUAAGUAUGCUAUGUUGGCUCGCUUGGCUGUAGAAGCUGGAUUUGACUGGGUCUAUUACGAGUCCAAAGCCCACAUUCACUGUAGCGUCAAGUCAGAACACUCUGUGGCAGCCAAAACCGGUGGUUGUUUCCCUGGUGACGCUCAGGUUGUCGUUGAAGGUGGUGCUGCUAAACAGAUGCGUGACCUUCUCCCUGGUGAUCGGGUCUUGGCUUCCUUAACAGCAGACGGCCAUGGUCCUUUUCUCUACAGCCCAGUCCUAUCCUUUCUGGACCGUCAGCCCAAUGCCACAAAGAUCUUUUAUGUUAUUGGGACUGAUGCAGGAUUCAAUAUUACUCUCACAGCUGCUCACCUGAUCUUUGUCACAGACUGCACUGCUGGGCUGAAUCAGCCAGAGGAAGAGCCCUUAUCGGGUUCCACGUGGGAAGGCAGGCCUAGAUGGGGAGUAGGUCAGAGGACGGUUUUUGCCAGCGAGGUCCAGCCAGGACAGUGUGUGUUUACAUCGGCAGGGGAAGUGAAGUCACAGCCAAAACUUUCAGUUGUGACCUUUGUGAGCGAGCAGAGGAGCAUUGGCUUGUAUGCCCCACUCACCCAGCAUGGGUCUAUAGUGGUAAAUGGUGUAUUGGCAUCUUGUUAUGCUGCUGUGGACAGUCACCAUUUGUCCCACUGGGCCCUGGCCCCGCUACGACUCUUCUACAGCCUGAUUGGGACAUCAGAAGCACAGAAUGAUGGGCUGCACUGGUACCCUUGGCUUCUACAUUGGCUAGGGAAAAUGCUGCUGGAUACUACACACUUCCACCCCUGGUCUGUUGAACAAUGACAUAGAUAAGAGGCGCAGAGACAUGUUUUACCAUGAUGUCUUCUUUCAGUUAACACUAGUAUGGAGCACUAGAACGCGAAGCACAACAACCUUUCUUUUGACAAGAAAUCAACUGAGGGACCACCAAAGGCAAUUCAUUUUAUUAUGUAAAUAUGUUUUGUAGUAACUCCACUUGCCUGUAUUUGCUGUACUUCAACAAGUUCUUUUGUUGUUCAUGCAAACGAGAUAAAGAGAGAAAAUGAGACAGAAACAGAAAUAUGGAAAAAUAGUAUUUCCAGUUUUAUUCAUUUCCAAAAAAUGUAAUAGAUAUGAAAAAAAAAUCUGAAUUCUGUUCACCAGAGAUCAAAAACAAAGAUUAUACUAAAAAAAUUGCUGAGAAGUGAGACUGUCAGGUUUUAUCCUUCCUUUGUACUGUAUUUACUCCAAUCUGACAAUAUUUGAGCUUAUUGAUACAAUUUUGUGAAACCUCUUUAGUGUCUCAGGCUUAAGAUGAACACACAAAGAAAAAAAGAGGAGAAAUUAGUGACUGAACAAGGUGAGAUGUGAAACUUUAAAUGUACAUAGGUAUUUAUACAGUUAAGUCAUGGACUUUACUUAGUUUACUGUUAGAUUCAUCACUGCAGUAAAUUCACUGAUUCUUUACUCUUCCUUUUAGAGUCUAUAUUAUAUAUUAGCAAAUAAUUUACAGAAAAAUAUUUAACUAGACAGUUUAUUAAGUUCAUUACUUUGUACAUGAUGAGAUUAAAUGUACUGGUGUUGCAUUGUUUUUUGACAUCUGAAAAAGGGCUUUGUUGUAACAACUGGAUGGCAGAGAAAGAGUAUGAAUACACAGUAUUUGUGUUACACUUUGUACACAUACUGUAUAAUUCUACUUCACAACAUUUGUCACUUACUGAUGCAGGAUUGAUUAAAGGUGCUAUAGUGGCCGCCCUGUCUCUGCCAUCCGUUUCUACACGACUUGAUUGUGUUAAACAAAUUUAUGUGGCUCAUUUAAACGUCUCCUUGUUGAUUAUCAGGUGUUUUUAAUUUAAAACUUUUGUAUUUGUUUUUCAUUGUUUCAGGUUUCCAGUUUUCAGAUCAGUACACUCAGGCUGUAUUCAACUACUGUAUUAAGUAGCUAGCUAGGCAUCAUAUUAAAAACAGUACUUAUUUUUA